AUGGUUCAGUUUGACCUCUCUGUGACCCUCUGCACCGAUGCCUUUUCCCAGGUGGGCUAGACUAGCGUUGCCUGCCAGGCAGCCCCGUACUCCUCUCCCGUACAUAAACACACCAGCGGAAUGUGUAAACCUGCUGAUUAGCACAGGGAGAACGGCAGCCAUGGUGUUAGACCCCAUAGCCCGCAGGCACUCUUCACUAGGUCUACAGUAUACUGCUUCAAUCUGCAGUACAAUCUACUGUCCUCUAGUCUACACCAUACUGGCAGUGUUGAGUUCAUAAACAAAGUUUAACAAGAGUCGGUGCAAAAUACUCAAUUUGUCAUCUGUCGAAUGAGAGGAACCAGUUUGGAUGGGGAAGGUGUUUGUCGCAACACUGCUAAUGUACGUUUACAUGACCGUGUGUUGCUGUGUAUUUUCCUACCAGGGUAUCGGAGGGAGACAGGCCCCGAUGAGAGCGACCAAGCCGGUGAACUCCCGCCGCUACAUCGCCACGUUCGACGUGGAGAACACCACUAAGGAAGACUCUGGACGCUACCGCUGCAUUGUCCACUCAAACAAGGGCGUGGGCGUGUCCAGUUAUGCCGACCUGACUGUCAAACGUAAGUCACGUUCUGCUUGUGCCUCUUAAUAUUGACCUGCCAAAAAGACAGGUAAAGUUUCCUACACAAAUAGGUGUUACGUCAGAGACUACUGAGGCUGUGUACACUGUACAGGAUACUGUGCAUGUUAGGGUUACACCUAUGCAUACAGUAUCUAUGUUUAAGAGCCAAAGAGUUAUGAAAUAACUUUUCACAUUGACUUUUAAUCAACUAUAAUAGAUAUUUAAUUGAGUUAAUUUCUUUAACCACUCCCAAAUUAAGCAUGCUCGCAAUCACAAGCCAGUCUGUCAUUAUAUCCAGGAGUGGGCCUCCCUCUCUCUAAUCUCCAUUGCUCAGGUUCAGCCUCAGUGAUUGGCCUCUAUUGUACUCUAAAUGUCUCUCUCAGCCAGCUCAGUGUGAGGGAUAGCUAUAAUCCUGGACUGCCAGAUAGAGACCUGUCAAUCACUCUCAAAUAGCCCUGCGUGUUUCCACCAGCACACUCUGUCUCUGUGUGCAGCAGGCUCCGGCGGCGGCCUCACUGACAAUGUGUCAGAGGAGUGUGUGUGUGUGUGUGUGUGUGUGUGUGUGUGUGUGUGUGUGCAUGUUCUACUUUUUAUUAGGUACACCACCCCGUUCACGAAAAUGGUUAGCUCCUACAGACUAUAUAAAGCAGGCAGACAGGCAUCGAGACAUUCAGUUACUGUUCGAUUGAACGUUAGAAUGGGCAAAACGAGUGACCUGAGUGACUUUGAGCGUGGUAUGAUCGUCGGUGCCAGGCGCUCCGGUUCCAGUAUCUCAGAAAUGGCCGGCCAGUAUCUCACUCACGACAUGUGUAGGGUUUACCUAGAAUGGUGCGACAAACAAAAAACAUCCAGUCAGCGGCAGUUCUGUGGGCGAAAACAGUUAUUUGAUGAGAGAGGUCGAAGGAGAAUGGCAAGAAUCGUGCAAGCUAACAGGCGGGCCACAAACAGGCAAAUAAUGGCGCAGAACGGCAACUCGUAAUGCACAACUCGUCGGUCCUUGUCACGGAUGGGCUAUUGCAGCAGACGACCAUACCGGGUUCCACUCCUAUCAGCGUCUCCAGUGGGCACACGAUCACCAACACUGGACAAUUAAGGAGUGGAAAAACAUUGCCUGGUCUGACGAAUCCCAUUUCCUGUUACGUCAUGCUGAUGGCAGAGUCAGGAUUUGGCAUAAGCAGCAUGAGUCCAUGGCCCCAUCCUGUCUGGUGUCAACGAUACAGGCUGGUGGCAGUGGUGUAAUGGUGUUAGGUCUCUUGAUACCAAUUGAGCAACGCCUCCAUUCCCCGAUGAAUUCAGGCUGUUCUGGAGGCAAAGGGGGGAUCUGACCCAGGUACUAGAUGGGUGUACCUAAUAAACUGGCCUGUCAAUGCAAAUGAGCCUUGGCACGUUGCUGUGCCAUAGUAAAUCUGGUUGUGUAGAGGAACGUACGAUGGCCGCUCUUCUCACAUCCCUAACAAAUACAAACCCAGCUGUGGGCAUAUAGGACUGAGCCUGAGGUUAACAAGGCUGACCUGAGGCAUGUAGAGGAAUGGCUGGGGUUAUAAAUCAUUCACAUUGUAUUGUUAAACCCCCACAUGGCCCAUCAGUUCCCAGGGAGGGACAUUACUAUACAACUACUGCCAGGUAGAGGACAUUAUAUGAUCUGAUAGGAUAUAUUAUCCACCUGGUACUCUACCUACUGCCAGGUAGAGGACAUUAUAUGAUCUGAUAGGAUGAACAAAAGCUCCCUUUCUUGAACCAUUUAGUAGUAAUAUCACUGCCUGGAGUUAUAACGACUGUUUGUCAAUCUCACAGAUGUAAAAAAAUAAUAAUAAUAAUUGCUACAGGCUUAACGUACCAUGUCCUCCUCCCUCGACACCCAGUCUUUCCAAGGUGUGCAUGGCUAGCACUGCCACACUAGCAACGACAAGCGUGCUCACAGAACGUCCAACAUCUCUCUGACUCCAUUUUCUUACCCCUCUCCAAAUAUUGAACCAUAAUCACUUCACCACACUCAUAAUGGGACCCAGAAGGAGAGUGUACAUGAGCUUCCACAGCCCAUGGGACAGGGACCAGUUGGAAGUCAUCUGGGGAACUGUGCGGGCUUAGGGGUUGGGUUGCACGGGGACCGACCAGCCAGUAACACUCUAUAUAUAGUCUGUUUAGGGUAGGGCCCUGUGACCACUGGGAGGGUGUGGCUAGCAGCAGGUGCUAUCUAAAGGCACAGCUGUGUUUAGUUCAUAGUGCCUCUCCAGUCCAGUCCACAUGGCUCGCUGCUUGCUUACUCAGCGCUUAUGGCUACAUGCAGCCAUCCAGCGCCACGGCGACAGCUGAGCGCCACAACAACCACACGGCGACCACACGUGGCUCGCUCGCUGCCUUGAGCUGGGUCUUUGAACAAGGGGCACUCUUUUAUGACCUCUAGGUUGUUGAUUACGUGGGACUUGUAGUUCAACUGUAAAGUGUGACUUGUAGUUCAACUAUAAAUUGGUGACUUGUAGUUCAACUAUAAAUGGGUGACUUGUAGUUCAACUGUAAAUAUAUAUGAAGUCCCUUUUAAUUGUUGGGCAAUGUGGUGACGAUGGGGAUAUCACUCCUCCAGAAUUUGGCUCAAAUACUAUUUGUUUUGUUUAUACCUCAGCUGCAAUUGAUUACGCUUGCCUGGCCCAAUGGAGUCAGCAGGAUAGUCCCAAAAGUGCAAACUAUGCCCCUCCGGCACUCUCGACAGACUCAAUCAAAUGCUCAGUGUUUGAAAGAAAACAAGUACUCUCACCAUACAGAUUGGUGAUGUCUGUAAUGUCACCCUCAGCCCCAGCGCUGUAUGCUGUUUAGUCAUUACUGAUGGUCGAUACCCACGUGGAGGGGAAAGGGAGCGAGGCCUGACAGUACGAUAUGGCUCCAACCUUUUUUUGUUUUCCCAUUGCCGGGCCCUCCCGAAGCCGUUGAAGGACCUGAUGUCUUAUUUCUCUUCCUCCCCACAACCCAAACAAAAUGACAGAGAUGAUGUGGUAUCGGCUGAGCGGAGAUGGAGACUCGUCUCGCCACCCGAGCCCCUGCUAGAACACCUUACAAGCCCCGUCGUCUAACUCCGCCCCACAGCCAAAUUGAACUGUCACUUCAUCUCAAAGUUAAUCUGAGGCGACGAUGAGUUGGCAUCGCGCUCUCUCUCUCUCUCUCUCUGUUCUCUCUCUCUCUGCUUCUAGAGACAGUAAGAUGUUUUUAUUUGGCGUGUGAGUGUCUACACCUGUUUUCUGUCUGACAACAGAUAAAUCAGUCAGUACACCAGGGAUCAGGACAGCUGUCUUGACUGCCAAAGAAAGACGGUUAAAUCAUCCAGGCAACCUUUGUCUGAGUGGCUGGUCUCUACCAUCAAAAUAGAAUGAAUUGUACAUCUAUGCUCUAUCAGGAGUCGGCAUUUCUUUAAAAACGUUCAUGGGGGGGAAAAAUCUGUUCCCAAGUAUUCCCUCAAAUAAAAGCAAUGUGAUAUUUUUAUUUUCAAAUACAAUCUCUUUUUGCUCUUAGUUGUGGACAAUUUGCAGUGUACAAAUUAUUAUAAUUAUUUUCCGACACCCUGACCAUUCACUCCGACAAAUAUCGUCCCGCUGCUGAAUCUAGUUGCCUAGCUACCCCUGGUCUAUAUGUAACAGACCUGGAUUCAAAUGUGUUGUCUUUGUAAAAAUACCUGGGCUUGUCUGGUGACUGGCGCAAUGGGACCAAUACAAUAGUACCUCAAGUGCAAACCCUGCUGGCAUUCCAGGCAGGCUCAAUGAAACGUUUAAAGUAUUUGAAAGAAAAUAAAGACUAUGUAAACCCAGGUAUUAUAUGUAUAGAGUGAUGUAAACAGAGAAAACGGAAGAGGAAGGGGUAUGAGAUGCAGGGAGGGUCAACAAGCGGGCGACCAUGACGUCUGUCUGGUCUGUCACAUGCUGUGAGAGAUGUCCUGAGACUGCUGGGUAACUCCUGGGGCCAUCAUCGAGAGAGCGAGAGGGAAGAGAGAACGAGAGAAUUUAGCUUGACCGAUGCCACCACACGACCCACAACAAUCUACUUUCCUGGGAGGGUUUCCAAUAAUGACACUUACAUUGACUCCAGUGUGUAUAAUACACUGCUCAAAAAAAUAAAGGGAACACUUAAACAACACAAUGUAACUCCAAGUCAAUCACACUUCUGUGAAAUCAAAACUGUCCACUUAGGAAGCAACACUGAUUGACAAUACAUUUCACAUGCUGUUUGUGCAAAUGGAAUAGACAACAGGUGGAAAUUAUAGGAAAUUAGCAAGACACCCCCAAUAAAGAAGUGGUUAUGCAGGUGGUGACCACAGACCACUCUCAGUUCCUAUGCUUCCUGGCUGAUGUUUUGGUCACUUUGAAUGCUGGCGGUGCUUUCACUCUAUGGUAGCAUGAGACGGAGUCUACAACCCACACAAGUGGCUCAGGUAGUGCAGCUCCUCCAGGAUGGCACAUCAAUGCGAGCUGUGGCAAGAAGUUUGCUGUGUCUGUCAGCGUAGUGCCAGAGCAUGGAGGCGCUACCAGGAGACAGGCCAGUACAUCAGGAGACGUGGAGGAGGCCGUAGGAGGGCAACAACCCACAGCAGGACCGCUACCUCCGCCUUUGUGCAAGGAGGAGCGGAGGAGCACUGCCAGAGCCCUGCAAAAUGACCUCCAGCAGGGCCACAAAUGUGCAUGUGUCUGCUCAAAACGGUCAGAAACAGACUCCAUGAGGGUGUAUUGAGGGCCCGACGUCCACAGGUGGGGUUGUGCCUUACAGCCCAACACCGUGCAGGACGUUUUGGCAUUUGCCAGAGAACCCAAGAUUGGCAAAUUUCGCCACUGGCGCCUGUGCUCUUCACAGAUGAAAGCAGGUUCACACUGAGCACAUGUGACAGACGUGACCGAGUCUGGAGACGCCGUGGAGAAUGUUCGUGCCUGCAACAUCCUCCAGCAUGACCGGUUUGGCGGGGGGUCAUCAUGGUUGGGGUGGGCAUUUUUUUGGGGGGCGCAACCCCUUUCAUGUGCUCGCCAGAGGUACCCUGACUGCCAUUAGGCCAGAGAGAUCUCAGACCCCUUGUGAGACCAUAUGCUGGGUGGUUUGGGCCCCCUGGUUCCUCCUAAUGAAAGGGACAAUGCUAGACCUCAGUGGCGGGAAGCAUUCCUAAAAAGAAAAAGGAUUGAUGAGGAUGGCCCCCCGCCCCGUGAAAAUUGGAACGGGAAAAUUUUUCCCCCCCCCCCCAAAAUUAAAAAUCCCGGGAGUAUAAAAAACCUGCCCCCGUUAAAUCAAGGAAGACAAAACGUAAAGGAAAAGAAACAAAAUUGUAGACUGCACCAGGCGGGGAAGACUGAAUCGCAAUAGGUAAACAGCUUGGUUUGAAGAAAUCAACUGUGGGAGCAAUUAUUAGGAAAUGGAAGGCAUACAAGACCACUGAUAAUCUCCCUCGAUCUGGGGCUCCACGCAAGAUCUCACCCCGUGGGGUCAAAAUUAUCACAAGACCGGUGAGCAAAAAUCCCAGAACCACACGGGGGGACCUAGUGAAUGACCUGCAGAGAGCUGGGACCAAAGUAACAAAGCUUACCAUCAGUAACAUACUACGCCGCCAGGGACUUAAAUCCUGCAGUGCCAGACGUGUCCCCCUGCUUAAGCCAGUACAUGUCCAGGCCCGUGCUAGAGUGCAUUUGGAUGAUCCAGAAGAGGAUUGGGAGAAUGUCAUAUGGUCAGAUGAAACCAAAAUAUAACUUUUUGGUUAAAAACUCAACUCGUCGUGUUUGGAGGACAAAGAAUGCUGAGUUGCAUCCAAAGAACACCAUACCUACUGUGAAGCAUGGGGGUGGAAACAUCAUGCUUUGGGGCUGUUUUUUCUGCAAAGGGACCAGGACGACUGAUCCGUGUAAAUGAAAGAAUGAAUGGGGCCAUGUAUCGUGAGAUUUUGAGUGAAAACCUCCUUCCAUCAACAAGGGCAUUGAAGAUGAAACGUGGCUGGGUCUUUCAGUAUGACAAUGUUCCCAAACACACCGCCCGGGCAACGAAGGAGUGGCUUCGUAAAAAGCAUUUCAAGGUCCUGGAAUGGCCUAGCCAGUCUCCAGAUCUCAACCCCAUAGAAAAUCUUUGGAGGGAGUUGAAAGUCUGUGUUGCCCAGCGACAGCCCCAAAACAUCACGCUCUAGAGGAGAUCUGCAUGGAGGAAUGGGCCAAAAUACCAGCAAACCGUGUGUGAAAAACCUUGUGAAGACUUACAGAAAACGUUUGACCUGUGUCAUUGCCAACAAAGGGUAUAUAACAAAGUAUUGAGAAACUUUUGUUAUUGACCAAAUACUUAUUUUCCACCAUAAUUUGCAAAUAAAUUCAUUAAAAAUCCUACAAUGUGAUUUUCUGGAUUUUUUUUCCUCAUUUUGUCUGUCAUAGUUGACGUGUACCUAUGAUGAAAAUUACAGGCCUCUCUCAUCUUUUUAAGUGGGAGAACUUGCACAAUUGGUGGCUGACUAAAUACUUUUUUUCCCCACUGUACAUUGACUCCAGUGUGUAUAAUACACUGCUCAAAAAAAUAAAGGGAACACUUAAACAACACAAUGUAACUCCAAGUCAAUCACACUUCUGUGAAAUCAAACUGUCCACUUAGGAAGCAACACUGAUUGACAAUACAUUUCACAUGCUGUUGUGCAAAUGGAAUAGACAACAGAUGGAAAUUAUAGGCAUUUAGCAAGACACCCCCAAUAAAGAAGUGGUUAUGCAGGUGGUGACCACAGACCACUUCUCAGUUCCUAUGCUUCCUGGCUGAUGUUUUGGUCACUUUUGAAUGCUGGCGGUGCUUUCACUCUAGUGGUAGCAUGAGACGGAGUCUACAACCCACACAAGUGGCUCAGGUAGUGCAGCUCCUCCAGGAUGGCACAUCAAUGCGAGCUGUGGCAAGAAGGUUUGCUGUGUCUGUCAGCGUAGUGUCCAGAGCAUGGAGGCGCUACCAGGAGACAGGCCAGUACAUCAGGAGACGUGGAGGAGGCCGUAGGAGGGCAACAACCCAGCAGCAGGACUGCUACCUCCGCCUUUGUGCAAGGAGGAGCAGGAGGAGCACUGCCAGAGCCCUGCAAAAUGACCUCCAGCAGGCCACAAAUGUGCAUGUGUCUGCUCAAACGGUCAGAAACAGACUCCAUGAGGGUGGUAUGAGGGCCCGACGUCCACAGGUGGGGGUUGUGCUUACAGCCCAACACCGUGCAGGACGUUUGGCAUUUGCCAGAGAACACCAAGAUUGGCAAAUUCGCCACUGGCGCCCUGUGCUCUUCACAGAUGAAAGCAGGUUCACACUGAGCACAUGUGACAGACGUGACAGAGUCUGGAGACGCCGUGGAGAAUGUUCUGCUGCCUGCAACAUCCUCCAGCAUGACCGGUUUGGCGGUGGGUCAGUCAUGGUGUGGGGUGGCAUUUCUUUGGGGGGCCGCACAGCCCUCCAUGUGCUCGCCAGAGGUAGCCUGACUGCCAUUAGGUACCGAGAUGAGAUCCUCAGACCCCUUGUGAGACCAUAUGCUGGUGUGGUUGGCCCUGGGUUCCUCCUAAUGCAAGACAAUGCUAGACCUCAUGUGGCUGGAGUGUGUCAGCAGUUCCUGCAAGAGGAAGGCAUUGAUGCUAUGGACUGGCCUGCCCGUUCCCCAGACCUGAAUCCAAUUGAGCACAUCUGGGACAUCAUGUCUCGCUCCAUCCACCAACGCCACGUUGCACCACAGACUGUCCAGGAGUUGGCGGAUGCUUUAGUCCAGGUCUGGGAGGAGAUCCCUCAGGAGACCAUCCGCCACCUCAUCAGGAGCAUGCCCAGGCGUUGUAGGGAGGUCAUACAGACACGUGGAGGCCACACACACUACUGAGCCUCAUUUUGACUUGUUUUAAGGACAUUAGUUUUUUCCACUUUAAUUUUGAGGGUGACUCCAAAUCCAGACCACCAUGGGUUGAUACAUUUGAUUUCCAUUGAUAAUUUUUGUGUGAUUUUGUUGUCAGCACAUUCAACUAUGUAAAGAAAAAAGUAUUUAAUAAGAUUAUUUCAUUCAUUCAGAUCUAGGAUGUGUUGUUUAAGUGUUCCCUUUUUUUUUUGUUGAGCAGUGUAUAUCUGAAGUCUAUAAAACACAGUCCUGAGUCAGACUUCAACCCCAGUGGACACAUUACAGACAGAGGUCUAGGGACGUAUUUCACACAGCGUCUCAUAGUAGCAGUUCUGAUGUAGGAUCAGGUCCCCUUGUCCAUCUCAUUCAUUUAGAACGUAAAGUUACAAAUGGUCCUAGAUCAGCACUGCUACUGUGAGACGCUUGAUACAUACAGCCCCUGGGCAGGCAUUCUGUAUUUUCCAUCUCACGGAAAAGGGACAGGUUAUGAGGCCAGGCUGACAGGAAGACAGAUGAGCCAUUACUUAACCAGUAAUUGGUAUUCUCACUGGUUCCAAUCGAUAUCAGAGGCCAUGGUGUGUGUGUGUGUGUGUGUGUGUGUGUGUGUGUGUGUGAACUACACACACCUUCGAAGGCGGCGACAACGCUCCGAGGUCCUGUUUUUCUUCCCACCGGAGAACUCCUGGAAAUCAUGAUGUUUCAGUAUUGUAUGAAAGCAACGUCCUAAUAUACUGUAUAUUCAGUAAACUGAAGGUGUAUGUCCUCACUCCUCAUAUGUACUUCCUGUAUAAAGAACAGUGUUAUUGGAAAGGAAAUCUGGAUAACUCAACCAGACUUUUCAGUCUUUCUGAGAUCAAAUCCUCACAGGGACAUUAGUCACUGAUAUCCAAGUCUUAUCUAUACAGUUAGUAAAUGCACCCGAGUUCCCAGACUUGGUCUCACCAUGACACCUGGCUGGCCUGUCGGACAGGCUAUCAUCAGGGUAAGUACUAAUUAUAGGCUAAGUGUUGGGGGGGGGGUUGCGUGUGUGACUCAGAAGGAUUGACAGUCCCAUUUUUGUGAGACACUCAUCACGCAAGAUCAGAGGGAGAGAGAGGGGCAAUAUCAAACUUCAAAGGCCAACACUGGGCUGUGUUUAGACCUGAGACGCUGACGUGCUUAAUAGUCAUAGAUGUAGGACAGCGUCACAGGUCCAUGGAAGUUGAGUCAGUCACUCACUAGACCUGACAAAAAAACCUGACCCUAAUAGAACAAUAGACAAAACAUUCACCCUCACAAUGGACAGGAAUUGGCUCAUUGUCUUAUCGUUGGCGAUUGAACACGAUAGACUGGGUUUGGUACAGUGGAUCCUCCUCAGAGGUCUCUUCAGGAAGACGGAGAGAGAGCUGGGUAGAGGAGAGGGAGAUUGUUGAAAUGGGUCACAUGAGAAAAGGAGCAGGACCAGUGGGGCUGAUGGGUAAUGGAUUCAGGUCAGCUGUUCUAUUAGCGAAGGUCAGGAAAUUAAUUAGUUUAACUCAUUACCUCCCCUUGUUUCGCCGUGCUCUCUGCCUCAGCCCGGAACUCCCGGCUUUGUGAGAGGCACCGACACCACAAUCACUUAAUUGCUCCUACUUAAGAUUUAAGACGCCGAUAUCAUGCUAACAUGCUUUCUAUUUCUCUACAGACUCAGGUUGAGUGUAAUUGAGAAUGUUUCUCUCUGUUCUGCUCUGUUUGCAGAGUGAACCAGUAGUAUUUGCAUAGUUUUAGUGUGUUUCUCUACACACUCUGCAGGUUUAGCGCAGAGAGCUAUUUGCCAUCUCCCUUCAUCAAGAAACAGAACAGAUAUUUUGCAAUAUAACAUCAAUGUAAUAUCAGUUUGUGGGACCAUAUCAAUGACAGCCCCUAGGGAAUUAUUAUAAAGUGUCUCUGGGGAUAAGAUAAUUAUUAUAUUACAAAGAAUUAACAUUUGGUAGAUAAACUCAGUAUUUAUCCACCAAUUGAAAUGACCAUUUAAGACUUCUUAUCUAACACUCAUCUCUUCCUCUUGUCCCCCAGAGCCCCCGGUGCCCAUCGCUCCGCCCCAGCUCACUGCUGUGGGCGCCACCUACCUGUGGAUCCAGCUCAACGCCAACUCCAUCAACGGUGACGGGCCCAUCGUGGAGCGGGAGGUAGAGUACCGCACGGUGUCGGGCAGCCUCAUCGACAACCAGCCCGUGGACAAGACCACGCACAAGAUCGGCCACCUGGACCCCGACACUGAGUACGAGAUCAGCGUGCUGCUCACCCGGCCCCUGGACGGAGGAACGGGGGCCCCAGGACCCCCCCUGAGGGCCAAGACCAAGUGUGCUGGUGAGUGCCAAGACGCGCACGGAUGCAGACGCGAGCACACACACACACACACCAUGGAAGUGGGAGAAGGCCCUUUCUCCAUGUAUACAGUAUAG